UUUUGUGGAGCAGGAAAGAAGAAUCACAAGUCUGAAACCCGCUGUAACUUGUUUCUAUAACACUUCAUUUCCUAGGCCUCAUAUAGUGACAGCAAAGUGGUUGCUGGAGUCAUAUAGUAAAGGCUAUCUACAUCCAGUGGAGCACUAUAUCCCUCUAAACUAUCAGCUGUUAGAGAACCCAAUUUUGGAGCAACCUGAAAUGAAGUCAAUUCUUCCAAAAAAAACCAGUCUUGCGAAGAAAGAACCUGUGAAUGUUCUAAAGCACCAGAAAGCUGUUGAAGAUGACUUUCUCUCUCAAUAUAUAAAUAAUGAUUCUACAUUAGAUGAAGUGGAAAAAUUAACAUCCAGAACCUUCAAUGAUGUUACUAACUCAACUGUUCAAGGACAGAAUCAGUCUUCUGUCUGUAAUGGUUCUUUGGGAGAGUCUUCUGCACCAGCUGAGGGAGGUGUAUUUGUCAGAAAGACUUUUCUUCUUUUGGGUUUUGGUGAAGAGGAGGAGUCCUGCCUUGCAGAUAUUAUAAAGGAGAAUGCUGGGAAAGUUCUGCCACUGCAAAGCAGAACCAUUGCAGACUAUGCUGUGGUACCUUUAUUGGGGUGCACAGUCAAGCCAACUGUUGGUGAUGUUGUCACAAAUACAUGGCUGAUAGCAUGUGUGGAACAGCAGCUCUUUUUAGAUCUCCGGUCCAAUCCACUUUUCACACCAGUCCUGAUAAUGGAAGGAGCUACCCCUCUGGAAGACUGCGUUCUUUCUUUUAGCCAGUUCACUGGUGCAGAGAGAGACUCCCUUGCUUAUCUGGCAGGACUGCUGGGAGCCAGAGUCCAAGAAUUCUUUGUGCGGAAAGCCAAUGCAAAAAAAGGAAUGUUUGCCAGUACCCAUCUUGUGGUAAGAGAACCGAAUGGUUCCAAGUAUGAAGCUGCGAAGAAGUGGAAUUUGCCAGCAGUCACUGUAGCUUGGCUUUUGCAGUCUGCAAGGAUAGGGAAGAGAGCAGACGAAAGCAAAUUCUUGGUUGAAAAUGCAGAGGCUGAAGAUACUGAGAGUUUCAUUACUCAGCUUACCAAGACACCAGCAACUGUUAAAUAUCCUGAUUCAGAACAGCCUCCUUAUCUUCUUGAAGCUGGAAAAAAACCAGCUGUGACCCCACUUGAUAUCAACAGGUUCCAGAGUAAAGCUUUCCAAGCUGUCAUCUCUCAUCACAUUGGGAAGACAACCCCUGUUGCACAAGGCGGACCCCUACAGAAGGAACCAUCUUUACAUCUUGACACGCCGUCAAAAUUUCUUUCCAAGGACAAGUUGUUCAAGCCUUCUUUUGAUGUAAAG